GGUGUUCAUGGUGCUAGAGAGGCAAACGGCGUAAACUGCUCCGGAGUUGUGCUCUCUCCUCCUGUUGUAACUCACAAUAAGGGACCACAGCAGGAAAUACCCAUUAAUCUGACGUGGUCGAGGCUUCACCAUGGAAAACGUCGCCGUUUCAAGACGAAACCACACCUAUAAGAAAGGAAACAAGGAAAAUGCUCAGCCUGUUCAUGGAAGCAAGUCUUUAAUCAAAAGAGACAAACCGUCUGUUACUCCCUUCCAACUGACAAACAAGAAAGAGGAAAUCUUGGCAGUAAACGGCCCCCUUAAAGCCAAGGCAGACACAAAGUCAGCGUCUGUUGAGGUUCUGAAAAAGACUGUGCAGAAAGAUGGAAAGGGAGCCACUGCUGCUGCUAAUGUCAAACAACAACAAACACAUAGCCGAGCCUUCCUCACCGAACAGGCUGUGAGGCACAAAAAAAUAGUUGCUGAAGCUCCAAAGCCCCCAGCCCCUGUGCCAUCAUCAAAAUCAGCUCUCGGCAUGUACAAAGGCAAGAUUGUCCAGUCAAAAAUUGGGUCAAUUUGGAAGUCAGCUAGCACCACUGCCUUGGUAGAUCCCAAGCCUGCAGCAGCUAAAACAGAGCGCCAAAGGGUUGGAAAUGCAACCAAACGCAGGUCCAAAUCUGUCGCUGACCUUCCCAGGCAUGUCGCACAAAAACCUGUGCCGACAAGGUCCAAGUCAGUGUCGGAUAGAUCUGCUCAGGUGUCCAAGCCUGCUGUCACCAGCCGCCCUCCUGCUAGGUUCUACUCUGCUCGCCCUCCUGCCAGAACCGUCCCAGCAACACUAGCCAGUACCAGCUCCAGAAACGCUAAAGUGGAUCCCACCAAGAGAAGUGGGACUCAAGACUCAAAGCCAAAGACUACAGCGACAGAAAAGAAGGUCAACAAACCUGUCUCAAGUGCCAGCAGUCAGUACAGAUAUACAAUGGAGACUGCAGAGGAAAGAAGAGCGAAACUGGCCGAGUGGAUGGCCUCCAAGGGCAAAACUUUCAAGAGACCAGCCAUGACAACAGAACCCGCUAAAACCAAAGCCUCUACAAAACCUGAAACUGAUCUCAAACCACAGCUUUGUGUUGAGCCGCAGCCGCCUACACAGCGCAACCCUGAACCUGAACCUGAACCCAGACUGGAAGCACACAUGCCAGACUCUGUCACCGCUUACUGUGCAGAGUUACCAACAUGCAGCCAAACUCCAGGGAUCAUGAACACCACUCUGGACCUGCUGGAAAACUCUGAUGCAGAUCCGCUUGUUGAGCCACAGGACAGUGUGGAUGAUAUCGUCGUGAACCUGUGUGAUGCUUUAGAGGCCAUGGCAACACCCUCUAGAUGUGAUGAUGAAAUUUCCCAGGCGACAGAUGUGUGCAGUGAUGUUGAAAUGGAAGACAACAAACCGAAUGAUGACUGUGAAGAAGAGGAGCUGAAGAAGGAAGUGCCUGAGGGUGUUAGCGAGCAGCCAAAGGUUGAGCAAGUGAAGGAUGAAAAAGAAGAAAGUGAUGAUGAUGAGGAAGUGGAAAGUGAUGAUGAGGGUGUAAUGAAGACCACACCACAGAUGGAGAAUGCUUCAGUAAUAAAAUACAGCGUGAAGACUACUCCAUACCUGCAGAGUGUGAAGAAGACGAUCGAAGAUGAGGUCAGCACAAGCACAUCCCGGAAAAAGAGCAACAUCAAAGACCUGAAGUUUCUGACCCCGGUGCGCCGCUCCAGCCGCAUCCAUCGCAAAUCCUCCCGCCUGCCCGCGAUGCUGGUUGAUCAUGAUCCCUGUGUGUCGUCACUGGCUGAGCUGGUGAAGCUGGACGACGACGCGAAUGCCUACAUCUACAGGAAAAAUGAGGCACUUCUGGAAGAUCUGCCAGAUCAGCCCAGCCAGUGAGGAGCUCUGUAAAUGUGUUGUUUAAAAAAAAAUCCUACAUGUAUGGGACUGGAACUAAUGGACACUUUAUACUGAUACUCUUAAAUGGUUUUUAUUAAUCUGAAUGUGUCUGAAUGAAGACUUUUACUGUUGUUUAUUGUACUGAGAGGGACUUUUCCUUAACACUGUUCAUAUUAAGUUGACAUGUAUUGGCAAACGCACUACAAUAAAAGAAUUUUGCCUUAUGCUUUUAUUUGAGACUUGAAUGCAUCUGUAUCAUACAGACUACAUUGCUGACUACAACUUUGCUACUUUUACAUUAAUUUGCAUUUGUUUCAAAUUUGUCAUUACUAAAAGUUAAAGAGGUAGGCUGCUCACAGCUGAAAAUCUGGCCCAAUUGAAUUUGUAAUUUAAUAACCCUGUGCUGGGCCAUAGUUGUAUGACACAUUUUUCUUGACGAAAUGUUAUUUAAUUUGGUGUAUAGGCUACACAGGGAGCAACUGGAGAGAGGCUAACGAGGAGCAUGAGGCUGCACGUUGCCUUCCCCUGGUUUAGAUCGUCAUAAAGUUCCCACAUCAAUUAUCUCAAUUUAUUUUGUGAAGCUGUGCAAGAGGGAAAUAAAAGACACACCACUAUUAACUCACGUUUAAUCCCACUUUAAUUGACCACAUAGUAAAAACCCAAAGCGCUCUUGAAUGAACACUGCUUUCUUUUAACUGCUUCAUGGCAAAUCGUGCCUCCUGACAUCAGACUGGACGUUUCCACACCAGCUCCCUCUGAUCCCAGAUGAGACAUUUCAUUAUGACAAAAUAAAAAAAAGAAAGAAAAUCAUCCACAAAAAAAAAAAUCUCU